AUGAUACAUAAUACCUUAUCUGCAUAUGAAUCCAAGGUUCACAACACGUUUCUUGAUCUUGAGGAGUCGAAUAUUCUUCGCCUGUAUAUGAGUGAUGCAAUAAUAGAUAUAUCUAAAGCUCGUGAAGCUUUUGAAGCAAAAGAAGCAGCACCAUCUGUUGCAGAUUUGAGUUCCAAGGUUAUAAAGGAAAGGGAACCUUAUAACUCCCGUGUAUAUAAUGUCAUCAAACGCUUUCAAUCACAAUGGCCAAAAGUAGAAGAUCCAAACAUGAAAGAUGCAAAAGAUGAUGCAUCUGUAUCACCUAGAAAUAGAAUACCUCAACAUGACAACCAAACAGAGUCGAAUUCUAAGGUUAACAAAUACAAUUCUGAUGAAGAAGAUGCAAUCAGCAACAAGUGGAAGCCAGAGCUUGCUUGGCUCACAAAAGCACUUGAACCAACAUUACAAUUGUGUAGAUGGCCUCUUCCCACAGGUGAUGAAAACUCAAAAAAUGAAGAAGGAAAACCAGCUGAACAAGAGUGCCUCUUGAAAUUGCACUAA